GGAAAUGUUUUUAAAAAAACGUGCCACAUAAGCUCUUUAUUUAAAGGACUUGGCGCCAACAUCCUUUUAUCGAUUGCAGAACUAUCGGCUCGUGCGCAUCUCUAUUGGUUACAGCUGUGAACGGGAACAUUGCCGGCAGAGAUUAAUUGGAAUUUGGAUUUAUUUUGGGGAAUAGCUGAGAGAAUUCCAUAGUUUUAGCGAAAUGACUACUUUGAGACCAUUUACGUGCGACGAUCUCUUCAAGUUCAACAAUGUCAACUUUGACCCACUUACGGAGACCUAUGGGCUUUCGUUUUAUACCCAGUACCUGGCCAAAUGGCCAGAGUAUUUUCAGCUCGCAGAGUCCCCCAGCGGCCAGAUAAUGGGCUACAUAAUGGGCAAGGUGGAAGGACACCUGGACAACUGGCACGGACACGUGACGGCGCUGACUGUAUCCCCCGACUACCGACGUCUCGGCCUGGCUGUCCUACUGAUGAACUUUUUGGAGGACAUAUCAGAGAAGAAGCGAGCAUAUUUCGUGGAUUUGUUUGUACGCAAAAGUAACCAAGUGGCGAUCAACAUGUAUAAGAAUCUAGGGUAUAUAAUAUACCGAACGAUACUUGAGUAUUACUCGGGCGACCAGGACGAGGACGCGUAUGAUAUGAGAAAGGCGCUGUCGAGGGACGUGAACAAGAAAUCGGUCAUACCGUACACACAACCUGUACGAUUGGAAGAUAUAGAUAUGAAUUGAUACGACUUCUAUACCCAGUAGCGCCCACAUCCGCAUUUAUAUCUAACAGUUCCCGAUAUACCGUUUAAAUGGGCGCGAGCGCAUCAAUUCGCUGCCCAGUUUACCUGUAAAUAAUCCGAAGAUCCGCUUCCUCAGCCUCUGCCCGUGCCCCAGCCCGUGCCCGUGCCCGUGCCCCGGCCUCGGUGGUAUUCAUCAAACUUAAUGUUAGUCGCUGUCCUGCUUGAGAAUUAAAUCCCCAAUAUCCCCGCAAUACUCCAAUGCAUAUCACCACCACCACCCCCCAAGAGAUGUAUUAAUAUGUCUGCUCCAUAACGAACUCGACCCGAUUAUUCUAUAAUUCAAUUGACUUUGGAAUUAUUUAAAGAUUUCUUAAGCCGAUGAGUAAAUAACCGUAAUUGAAAGAAUGUUCCACACUUUCGAAGAUCACGAUGCGCGAACUGCGCCGACAAAUGAGCCGAGAUCACUGAACUGCACCCAGGGGACUCAGUCGGAUAGCCAAGGAAGCAUGAGAGAGCAACGUAGUUAACAUUAGUUUAUCGGCCAGCCGAUUCCAAAUUAUUUUAUUUUUUUCCCCUCCGUAACUGUCCCUAUUUUAAAAUAUACGAUAGAAAUGAGUUCUGAA